CCUACUCCCCUUAAUCAGAGAUUGUUAGCCUUUAUUUAACCCCCAAAGCCCGUAAAGACCAAAUGUUUAACGCUAGGCCUAAGGCCUCAAAUGUUGGAUAAGGAUAGAGGGCCUCGUACGGCCCUCAAGUUUAAACUAAAACACGUCUAUGAUUAUCAAUCCAUUGCACUCUGUUUUUGGGAUUUCACAUCAUUUCAGAGAACUGAACGCUCCCCCCCCCCCUUUUCCCGAUCCUUCCGAACUGUGGAAAACCACUGAUCUUCACCACUUGGUUUUCCUCAGAUUGGCGGCAGAGUUACUUCCAAGAUGUCUAAAGCUCAAGAUCCAUUUUACAUCGUCAAAGAAGAGAUUCAAGAAUCUAUUGAUAAGUUGCAAUCAAGUUUUCAUCAAUGGGAAAGAAUUCUCCCCGACACUGGAGAACAAGUACAUCUCACGAAAGAGCUACUUGCUAAUUGUGAGAGCAUCGAAUGGCAGGAAGGUAGAUGAGUUGAACAAAACAAUAGAUGUGGCAGCAAGAGAUCCUUCUUGGUAUGGCAUUGAUGAUAGAGAACUUGAAAGCCGGAGAAGAUGGACCACCACUGCUCGUACUCAGGUAGGAGAUGUGAAGAAAUCUGUAGUAGCUCGAAAAGAAAAUGGUAAUUCCACAAGUGCAAUGCGCCGUGAAUUAAUGAAACUGCCAAUUUCACAUCAAUCGGACAGAUCAUAUCAGUAUGGUGCAGAAGAUAAUGAUGACUUUAUCGCAUCAGAAUCAGAUAGACAAAUGCUUCUUAUAAAGCAGCAGGAUGAGGAGUUGGAUGAACUUAGUGCAAGUGUUGAGAGAAUUGGAGGUGUUGGCCUUACAAUACAUGAAGAACUUCUUGCACAGGAGAAAAUAAUAGAUGACUUGGGUUUUGAAAUAGACAGUACAACAAACCGACUGGAUUUUGUUCAGAAAAAAGUGGCUAUGGUUAUGAAGAAGGCAAGUGCUAAGGGCCAGAUUAUGAUGAUAUUAUUUUUGCUAGUUUUGUUCAUUAUUCUAUUCAUUCUGGUCUUCCUCACUUAGUCUUCUGAUUGUUAUACACAAGUCUGAUAUUUGGAUAUAAACAUGGGAGCUGCGGAACAUAGAGGAGUUGAUUGGUGUGAUGUCAAAGUGUUGAAUAAACGAUGAUUGGAACAUGCUGAAUGGAGAAAGCAUUUUUCUUCUGUGCUUGUGAAAUUGUUGAACUUUAUUUAGGAUUAUGUAAGACAGGGAUAUAUGUAUAUGUAUACUUCUAAUUGUUUAAUUCUCUUUUGCAAUGUUAUGAUUUUUUGUAUUUUGUCUA